AUGGCAUCGGUCAACAAUUUCCACCAAACCCCGAGAAUGUUCGAGGAGUGCCCACUCCAAAUCAUUACUGGUCCUCAGAAAACCAUCCUCUACGUUCACCCUGGACUUCUUUCCUCAUGCGGAUCACCGGUAUUGAAAGCUCGCGUCAAAGACGGGUGGUCGAACAACGAGACGAACAAACUCCUCGACUGGACAGACUUCGACGUGGAAACCGUCAAAUGCGUAUUGAGCUACCUGUACACUGGAGAUUAUCAUGUUGCCUGUCCACCAUACCCCGAUGAGCAGUUGGAAAAUUGUGAUGCGCCAGGUCCAAUGUGUUCCGUUGAGAUAUUGGGAGUUGGUGAUCAGACUGCUCGACGAUCCUCCAUCUUUACCCAAAAAAGGUCAGCAGCGCUUGACCUCAGACAUUCAAGCGAAGAGCCUUUCGGCCGGCCUCUAACCCCCGUCAGGGGGCUUCUAAAAGCUGGCGUCCCAGCAGCGAGUAUGCAGACAGCUGCAGGAGCUUUCACGAAGCGGGAGCACGCUCUUUGCGAGGACCUUGGGCAUCUCGCUGUUGCACACGCUAAGGUUUACUGCUUUGCAAACUAUUUUCUAUUCCGCCGACUGGGGGUCUUCGCUAUCCAGCGUCUGACGCAGCUUCUUGAUUUUUGUAAUCCAACGGAUCGAUUCCUGUUGGAUCUGAAAGACGCUAUACACCUCGUUUACAGCUCAACCCUAAAAUCCGAGCCGGAUGAUCCAGCCCGAGAGCUUCUUUCUCAAUAUGUCGCGGUGAAUUGCGCCCAGAUACCAAAGGAGAAUCUGAAAUCCCUCAUAGGAGAAGGGGGUGACUUCAUGAUUGAUUUCAGCCACAAAAUGUCCAGGUCAAUUGCGACGAAUGAAAAUUUGGCUGGAAAAUUACAAAGGCAAAUUUCUUGGUCGAACGACGAGGAUGUUAUCCGGAAAUUCAACGACCUUCAGCAGCAGACACACAUCUUCCGGGAGGCGGAGAAGGAGAUCCUGGAAUGGAAGAGAGGCAGCCGAGAGCUUCAAUAA